AUGGCUAGAAGUUCCAUUGAGGACUUCUCUGAUGCAGCAACCAUUGAUUUUUCUGCUCCUAGGCCGACUCUUGCUGGUUGCUGGUCCCCUCCACCUCCUGGUGUAUUCAAGAUUAAUGUGGAUGGAGCCUCUUCGGACCUUGAUGGAACCUCUAGUAUUGGAGUCAUCAUCAGAGAUUGCAAUGGUGAAACUUUUGCUGUCCUCUGCAAACCUCUUCAGUCCCACUUUCCAGUGGAAUUAACGAAAGUCCUUGCUUUGGAGCAAGGUAUUUUGCUCGCCCAAGAUCUGCAGCUCACUCAUGUGAUGUUUGAAAGUGAUGCUUCCAAUGUGAUAGAUGCUGUCAAUGAUUCUGCCUUAGGGACUCCAUUUGGGCACAUUAUUCAGGACAUUAUUCAAGCCAAAGAAACCUUUUCUUUCUGCUCUUUUAGGCACCUAAACCGGGCUUCUAAUUAUGCAGCUCAUGAGCUUGCUCUCUUUGCCCGUAGGAAUGGAUCUCAUCAUUUGUGGAAAGGGGUUACUCCCUCCUUUUUAGAAUCAACUGUACAAGCAGAUUUACUGCUCUAA